UCAACUCCAAACGAAGCAAGUAGGAAGAGCACUGCUUUGGAAAAUUCUCUGACAUUAACAACAACAUCUGUAUUCAUUUCAAUUAAUAGAGAGCUUUUGUAAAAAUAAAAAAGAAACUAAAAUUGAAUGCAUGAAUUCACCGCUAACAAUCGAAUUCCGCCACCUGAGUGAAAAGAAAAAACAAAAACAACAGCACGUGGACGAACCGCGUUUUGACAAACCAGUUAGUGCUGCAGCUGUCAGUUGCUGUUAGAUUCCGAGUAACAGUUGAGCCAUGGGGAAUUGUCCAUCCACUUCGCGUAGGAAGUUCUCACCCAAUCAGGAAUGUAGCAAACAGGUAACUGCCGAAAUCGUCCUGAAGCCGGUUGAUGAGGAUGAGAAGAUUCAUUUUAGUGACAGCGAAGACGAAAAAGUGCCAUUUAGCGACAGUGAAGAUGAGAAGUCCAUUCCCAUGAUUGAUGGAGUGGAGGAGAAUGAAAUUCCGUCGAUUACUAAUGGUUCCGGCGGUGAUGCCAAACUCAAAGCAGAUGACAACGAAGUGCCACUCAUCGUUGAACUGGUGCAUUUGUGCAUACCCACCAACACACUAGACCACCAUACCAACGAUUUCCACGUGGUUCACGGUGAGAAUCCCCGACUUGUCCUGAGGAGAGGAUCUCCUUUUAAAAUAAAUGUCGACCUGAACAGAGCUUUCGAUGCCUCGAAGGAUAUUCUGUGUCUAGUGUUCACUUUAAAAGGUGCCAACUCCCCUUCCUACUCUCAGAAUACUGAAGUUCUGAUUCCUGUGGUGCUGGAGGAUGAAAAAGAAAAAGUCCCUGCUCCUUGGGAAGCCAAAGUACUCGAAGCGGAAACGAAGACAUUGACUUUGGAGGUGACUCCAGCCCCCAACUGCAUUGUCGGCGAGUGGAUUCUGGAAGUAGAUUCUAGAUUAAAAGACGACAAGAAUGCGCCGGACUUCAGAUACAAAGUGAACGAUCCGAUUUUCAUUCUUUUCAAUCCUUGGUGCGAGGCGGACACUGUUUAUUUGGAAGGUGAAGAAAAAAGGGAAGAGUAUGUUUUGGCAGAUACCGGUCUUGUCUGGCGAGGAAGUCACAAUUGCCUCCGACCUUGCGUUUGGAAUUACGCUCAAUUUGAAGAAAACAUCUUGGAAUGCUGUCUGUACUUACUGACAAAUGUGGGGCACCUUCGAAUUGUAGACAGAGCAGAUCCUAUAAGUGUAGUACGCCAUGUUUCAGCUGUGCUUAAUUGCCGAGAUGACAAUGGUGUGCUCGUGGGCAACUGGUCCGGCAAAUACAAAGGAGGAAAACCACCAACUUGUUGGGGCGGCAGUCAAGUGAUCUUGCAGAAAUAUUUCAAAAACAAGAAACCUGUCAAAUAUGGACAAUGUUGGGUUUUCUCAGGAGUUUUCACAACAGUGUGUCGAGCUUUAGGUAUCCCCUGUCGCCCUGUGACCAAUUUCUCAUCGGCUCAUGACACCCACAACAGCCUCACCAUCGACCGCUUCUUCGACUGCCAUGGAAAACCCUUGGAAAAAAUGAACAUCGACUCGGUGUGGAAUUUCCACGUGUGGAAUGAAGUGUGGAUGCAGCGACCAGAUCUCGAACCAGGCGGCUACGGUGGUUGGCAGGCGGCAGACUGCACGCCCCAGGAAGAAUCGGACGGUCUGUACCGUUGCGGCCCGGCUAGCGUGGCAGCUAUCAAACGGGGGGAGGUGAAGAAAGCCUUCGACACCACCUUCCUCUUCGCCGAAGUGAACGCCGACAAAGUGUACUGGCGCUACCACGGACCCAAUCAGCCCCUUAAGCUCAUCAAGAAGUCCACGGAAGAGAUCGGUCAGUGCAUCAGUACGAAAGCUGUGGGAAAAUUUGAAAGAGAAGACAUCACGCACGAAUAUAAACACUUGGAACGAUCUAAAGAAGAACGCGAAGUAAUGCUGAGAGCCCUCCGACAGUGCAAAGAUGUCUUCUCGAGAUAUUAUUUGAAUGACGACCUCGAAGAUGUGCAGUUCGAAUUCACACUCCUGGAUGACAUCGUCAUCGGAGAACCAUUCACGGUGAAGUUGAAAGCUCUGAACAAAAAGGACGGGGGUGAUGAGUUCACGGUGAGCGUGUCCCUCCAUGUCCAUUCGGCGCUGUACACUGGAGAGUCCAAGAAACUCAUCAAGAAGGACGAGUUCCAAAUCAAGUUGGGACCCGGCGUUGAGCAGGAGAUGACGAUGCGGCUGGAGUAUGCGGAGUACGAGAAGUCUCUGGUGGACCAGUGCGCCUUCCUCAUUUCGGCCAUGGCGCACGUCGAAGAAACGGGGUUCGACUAUUGCGCACAGGACGACUUCAGGGUCAGGAUGCCGGACAUCUCCAUACAGGUUGAUGGUGAAAUCGUCCAAAACCAACCCAUCACUGUGACUGCCACUCUGAGCAAUCCUCUACCCAAACCUCUGAAAGGAGGCGAGUUUAUCAUCGAGGGACCCGGAUUUGGAAAACCCACCAAACUGAAAAUGAAAGGUAACAUACCGCCAGGAGAAGACGCUAAAGUGAAAUGCAAGCUAACUCCCAACACUUGCGGUUGCAAAGCAGUUAUUGCCAAAUUCAGGUCCAAAGAGCUUGAAGAUGUCGAUGGCUAUCACACCAUUUACGUCAAGGCCUGUUCGGAUGCACAGAAAGACAGCAACUGUCACCUGUAGGCUCUUACUUGGAUGGACAAACAUGUUGCCGUAUAUUUGCCCCUUUGUGGGUCGAAUGUAAGCACAAUGUUUUGUGAACGAGAGUGCUGUAAACUAUUACCGUUUUCACUUUUAAUUGUUCGAAGCUGGUAUUUUUAAAGAUUAUUUGUAUAACAUUUAAAAUGCUGUGUUAUCAGAUGAUAUUUUUGUACAAUGGAAGAUUAGGUUAUUUUUAUACAGCGUCAGAAUUUGGUACUCAGUGAUAUCAAUCAAAUAGAAAAAGUUCAAGCUCUGAAACAUUAAGACACCUACAGUGAAAUUAUUGUCAAAAAUAAAACGAAAAUGCAUGUAAACGCGCUUUUUAUGUAUCGAUAAAUUUAAAAAACAUAUUUUCCAGAUUCUGUUGUGUGUAUGUAGAAUGUCUUUAAUACAUUUAACAAAAAUGCAAAAUUUAUAUGAAAAAUAAUUUUUUAAAUUUAAAUUAUGAUUUAUUUUAACCUAAUAAAUGUUAUGCUGUUGUAAACAAAUGUUGUUCUUCUAAGAAAAUUCCUGUUGAAUUGUACCAAAAAUAAUAUUCUAUAUAUAAGAAAAGUACAUAUAAAAUAUCGCAUUAGGAAAAAUACACAAUAAAGGUAAAAUUAUUAUUAAAAGAGAGCAUAAAAAAUACAAGCUGUAGUAUUCCAAAAAUCAUUAAAACUUUUUUCAUUUAAUGUUAAUAUGUUUCGAUGUUAUACUAAACAUAAAGAACAGAUAUAUUUAGUUGAUUUCAAUUAUGAGAUUUUAGAUGUAGAUUUUUAUAAAGAAAUUGUAUGUUUGCUUUUUUAUAAUGAAAUGUUUUAAAUCUGAAUUCUCUCGUUGUUAUACAAAAUUGAUUUUUAUUAUUUCUUUGUAUUGUCAGUAUUAUUACUUCUUUAUGUUUGAUAAAAUAAAUAGAUUUUUAUAAUCGUGUUUCUGAUGUUCAGAUUUAAUGUUUCCCUAAAUCUUAUGGAAAUGUUUUACUGACACAUUUGUAGAAAAAAGAUUUUUUUUUCUUCUCCAUUACUUAUUAUCAAAGCUUCUUUACAUUUAUAUGCUAUAUUAAUAGUUGAAAUUUUUUGCAAUGAAGAAAGCAUUUUGACUUUUUAAUAAUUAUUAGAUUAUGUUUCAAAGGCUUUUCUUUAGGCAAAGAAAACUGCUGAAAUGAAUCAAUAUCAAGCUUGAGAAUUUUCUGUGUAAAAGAACAACCUGAGUCACCAUUCAUUUAGAACACACUUGAACAUAUUUUAUUUGUUAAACGAUUAAUAAAAGAAUUACCUCCACCUACAAGUAUAUUUCCAUGCUUCAAUAAAAGUCGCUUGCUUUUUUUUUA